GGGCGUUACAAGCCGCGACGUGGCUCGACCGCGUCUUCAAUUCACUCGAUUGGCGGCUCCCUUGACAGCAGCUUCAAGAGCACCAUGGGCGCGGUGAGGGAGCAGAGCAACAAUGCCAUCUCUACGCUCCUUACCCCUCCCAUUAUGCGGACCGGCAUGGUCCCCCAUACGACUGCCACUGCUUCCUCCAGCCAUCGGCCGCCAUCCAUCAGAGACAUACCGCCUGUGACGCUCUCGCAAAUACCCCACAUUGACCCCUCCGCCUUCAACCCAUAUCUUUCGCAAGUCGGCAAUUUGUACGAGGCCUUCCAGCGCGCAAAGGCAGAGGCUGCCGAGGCUGCACACCCACAGAGGAGACAGUCCAGGAAGGAGGAUGGCUCCGAAGACCUCACACCCUCGCCAGCGGGGACGCCAAAUCUGGGAGGAGCACCCUUUGCGCCAGAGGGCACCCCGAAACCGAAGCGCCGAACGAGCUCGACAAAGCGCACCAUACCGGCAAUUACGCCACUUUCUACGAUACCCAACAUUUAUUUCGACGAGAAUUUCCACAUUGAGAACCCACGAACCUUUGACGUUGUGAGCGAACGAUCCGAGGUGGUGAGGCCGGUGCGGAGCAUGAGCACUGAUGAUCACGGCGCGCUGGACGUACCGCAACCGACAGCCAGAAAGGCCCUGGCCACCAACGCAAUACUGCAGGAGAAGCUGUCGUGGUACAUGGACACGGUCGAGGUGCAUUUGAUAUCAGCCAUCUCAGCGGCAUCGACGUCCUUCUUCGCCGCCCUCGGAUCACUACGCGAGCUGCAGACAGAGGCUGCAGAUUCUGUUGCAAAGAUUCAAGGCCUGAGAGAAGAUUUGAAGAGAUUGGACGAGCAGAUGGCAAUAGGAGGCUUGAAGGUUGUCAACAUGAAAAGGCGGAGAGAGAACCUGAGAAGAUUGACCGACUCGGUCGACCAACUCCAGGCCGUAAUUGUGGGGCUAUCUCGUUGUGACGAGGCGGUUGUUGACGGCGACCUGGAGACUGCCAUGACUCGCAUCGAGAUGGUAGAGCGACUGAUAACUGGCGUGUUGGAUACCACAGACACAAAAGCAACCGCGUGGUUGGAAACGCGGCUGCCCCAACGAUUGAUUGACUUGCGGCCUCUAAGAGCUUUGGAUGACGUUUUCGAGAGCAUCACUGAACUCAAAUUCCGCAUCGGAAGAGGCUUUGAGGCCCGUUUCGUAGACACGCUACUUACAGACCUGCGCGAGCACGUCAAGCGUGUGCCAAACCACGACACCCUGGAGAGAUGGGUUGCUGCGUCUCAGAAGGGGCGAAACAGUAACCAAAAGCUCAAAACCACUCUUCCCGCCUACAUGUCGACGCACGAAAAGCUUCGGGCAGAGCUGAGAGCCAGCUUGUACGGCUUGAGUGGAGCGCAGUUCACGAACCAGGCUAGUGCAACCUUUAGAGAAGCCGUCCUGAAAGAGAUGAAGGUCCUUAUCCGGAAACACCUGCCAAGCUCUUCCGAGGACGAUACCGGAUCCAUGGCUUCCGUAUCAACAAGAGGUGGGCGAGGGCAGAGCCAGGCUGACAAGAACUCUAUUCUUGCACGGAAUCUGCGGGCAAUGGACGCUGGAGACGCAGAGGACUUUUUUGCAAACAUCUUCACUGAUAUCGGUGAAGCGUUGCGCCGGCUUAGUACUUUGGUCAAGGUAUUGCUCGAUGUGACGAGUGGUGUUGUAACCCCUCCCGUCUCUGCGGGCGGCCUGCGAUCCCCCAGGAAUUCCUACCCGAACAACAUCGAUGAUUACAUAGGCAAUGGUGUACCCACACCCUCUUCCAACGACUUGCAAAUGGAGAUUAUGCAAGCCUUGGAUAUGUCAAGCCUCCUUGGCCAGGCAGUCGACGCUGCUCAGACACAGAUCACCAAGCUCUUGAAAGUCCGGUCAGAAGCAACCACAAACCUCCCUCUUGACCGAUUCCUUCGGUACUUCAACAUGUGCAGAAUGUUCGCCGACGAAUGUGAGGCUGUCUCUGGAAGGUCUGGUGCUGCUUUGAAGGGCGUAGUCAACACCCACAUCACCGACUUUGUGACCAAGUUUGGCGACUUUGAAAAGCAAGAGCUUGCAAAAUCCAUGGACUCGGAUCGCUGGGAGCCAAAGGACUUUGAUGCAGGAGACACAGCGGUUCUAGCACGACUCUUGAAGGCUAUGGAGAGCGAUCCUCCGAGCUGGGCAGAAGCUGGUGAUAUCCUGCAAAAGAUCCAGGAACCGACUACGAAUGGCACGUCAACAGCAACCAAUGGUACUUCUGAAGAAAAGCCAAAAGAGAAGAACAAGACUGCUGUACCCGCUAUUGUGGAUGAAGAAAAGUACACAAUAUCUUCGUCUUCUACGGUCGUCAUAAGAGGGAUUGAGCGUUUUGAAAUACUCGUCUCCGUUAUGCCAAGCAUGACUUCUGAAGUCGCUGCUUCGCUCUGCGAAUACAUAAAACUCUUCAAUUCACGCCUGUGCCAACUGAUUCUCGGCGCUGGUGCCAUGCAUUCAGCUGGCUUGAAGAAUAUCAAUACCAAGCAUCUCGCUAUCGCCUCGCAAACGCUUUCUUUCAUAAUCGCCAUCCUUCCCUAUAUCCGCGAGUGUUUCCGUCGGCGUGUUGCCUCUACCACCAAGUCGCCUCUGGGCGAGUUUGACAAUGUCAAGCGGCUCUUGCACGACCAACAGAACCAAAUCCACGAGAAGUUGACGGACAUUCUUUCAGGGCGUGCCACGGUGCACAUGCGCAGUCUCAAAAAGGUGGAAUGGGAUAGUGAGGCAGAAAUAAAGAAAGACGUCAGUCCCAGCAUGGAAAGCUUGACCAAGGACACAGUCACCAUGCACAAAGUCAUCAACAAGUACCUCAGCGAGAUACAGGUUCGCAUGAUCAUGGGCCCAGUAUUCGAAAGCUACAGGGAGCAAGUUGGCAAGGUAAUCAAAGAGGCUUCGGUCAAGACGCCGGGCGGCAAGGCACGCCUGCUGCGCGAAGCCAAACUCUUCGAUGCAAAACUCGGACCUAUCGACGGCGCUGGAAACGUCGGCUCGCACCUCAUCGGCCUGGUAGUCAGCAAGGUAGUCGCAGAGCCAAAGUCUGAGUCUAAACCAGAGCCCAAGCAGGAAACCGAGUCCACAAAUAAUAACGACAACAACAAGGAUGAAAAGGGGGAGAAAGAGUCGAACAAGUCUAAUGGAGACGCUACGUGA